AUGGACAGUUCCCGGGAUGUGCUGAGGCAGGACGCCGACUUGAUCCCAAAGAACCCUCCUCGCGGAAACACAGAUGUUGUAAGGAUCCAGGCCUGGUGGCGGGGCACCCUGGUGCGCAGGGCGCUGCUGCACGCGGCCCUCUGUGCCUGGGUCAUCCAGAGCUGGUGGAGGGAGAAGCUGGUGGAGCAGCUGGAGAAGAGGCGGCGGACGGCGCUGGAGACCUUUACACGGAAGGAGUGGGCGGCCGUCAGGCUGCAGGCCUGGGUCCGCAUGUGGCGCAUCCGCAGGCGCUAUUGCCGCUUGCUCAACGCCGCCCGCAUCAUCCAGGCCUACUGGAGGUGCCACUCCUGUGCCUCCCGGGGCUUCAUCAAGGGCCAGUACAGAGUCACAGCCGACCAGCUGCAUCUCGAGUUAGAGAUCCUGCUGGGCUCAGGGCCUUGCAUUGUGUCCGAGUGUAUUCCCCUCCCAAUAAAGCAAUGA